AUGGCAAAAGACAAGAAAGGAAAAAGCGACGGCAAGAAAGCCAAGCUAGCAGAAAAGAAAGCCAAGCAAGAGAAGAAAGGCGAGAAGAAGGAGAAAGUCAGAGCCUCCAAGUCAGCCGACAGCGAUGCUGAAGACGUGGAUCUCGAUGCCGUUCUAGCUGAAUACGCCAAGAAGCAAGAGCAGUUCCUCAAAGUUACGGAAGCUCCGUGUGAUCCGCCGAGGGCUAGGGCUUCUGCGACUCUGAUAGCUUCACCUGCGAAUGAGAAUGAGCUUUUCCUGUUCGGAGGAGAGUAUUUUAAUGGGGCUCUGGCUACUUUCUUUAACGAUCUGUAUGUUUAUAUGAUCAAUCGGGAUGAGUGGCGUUUGGUUACUUCGCCGAACACGCCGUUGCCUAGAUCGGGACAUGCGUGGUGUAGAGGUGGGAAUGCGGGUGGGAUUUACUUGUUUGGAGGAGAGUUUUCCAGUCCCAAGCAAGGCACGUUUUAUCAUUACAAUGAUUUCUGGCGCUUGGAGCCCUCGAAUCGAGAAUGGACACGCAUAGAAUGCAAAGGCAAAACACCGCCAGCCCGUAGCGGCCACCGCAUGACCUACUACAAGAACUACAUAAUCCUCUUCGGCGGUUUCCAAGAUACAUCUCAACAGACCAAAUACCUAGCUGAUCUCUGGAUCUACGACACGCAAAGCUUCCUCUGGCACCAACCAACCCUACCGCUCGCAAACCAGAAGCCAGACGCGAGGUCAUCAUUCUCGUUCCUGCCGCACGAAGCAGGAGCUGUGUUGUAUGGAGGCUACUCGCGAGUCAAAACGACAGUCACGGGAAAGCAAAUGAAAGGAGGCGGACAGGCGCAACGAAAUAUCCUGAAGCCCAUGGUCCAUCAAGACUGUUUCUUCCUCCGCAUCACCCAGCCCACCACCGAUGCACCUCCCACCGUCCGCUGGGAACGCCGCAAAAGACCUGCCAACAUUCCCAAUCCCCCACGAGCAGGAGCUACCAUGGCUUACCAUAAAGGCCGCGGCAUCAUGUUCGGCGGUGUGCACGAUGUAGAGGAAAGCGAGGAGGGUAUUGAUAGCGAGUUCUUUAAUGCAUUGUUUGCAUGGAAUAUUGAACGGAAUAGGUAUUUCCCGCUUGCGUUGCGCAAAGCGAGAGCGAAGAAACAGGUUGACACGAGGGGUGGCCGCAGGGGACGUGGACAGGCGAACGAGGAGGAGCUUCUAAGGAAUCUGGCUGCGUUGCAGACGGGAAAGUCGCUAGCGGAUGCGGAGGAUAUGGAGAUCGAUAAGCCAAAGGGGGAGGAUGCCAAUGCAAGCGAGUUGCCGGCUAAGGAGGUGUUGAUGGAGUUUCCGCAUCCGAGGUUCAAUGCGCAGCUUACGGUGCAGGAUGAUGUGCUGUAUGUGUACGGUGGCACGUACGAGAAAGGUGAUGUGGAGUUUACGUUUGACGAGAUGUAUGCUGUGGAUCUGGGGAAGUUGGAUGGCGUGAAGCAGAUCUUCCGCCGGGAGCCGGAGAACUGGCUUGGCAGUGACGACGAGGAUGAUAGUGAGGAUGACGAAGAUGAGGAGGAUAGCGAGGAAGAUGAGGAUGAAGAGGGAGAUGUCAAGAUGGUUGAUGAGAAACCGUUGUAUACUGAGAGUACGAGGAAGUCGAAGAGGAAGGAUAAAGCUGCCGCCGUCGACGAUGCUGCUUCUGAAGCUACUAGUACACCGGAUUUGUCUAUUUUCGAUGAUACGCCCGAUGAUGCUACGGACGCUACAGCCCCAGAUGACAAUCUUCCUCAUCCUCGCCCGUUCGAGUCAAGACGGGACUUCUUCCAGAGGACAGGCAAUGAGUGGCAAGAAGUGCUCAUGCAGGCUUUGAGGUGGAAGAGCAUCCAGCCUGAGACGCUGUCUGUGAAGGAGAUCAAGACAAGGGCAUUCGAAAUGUCCGAGGAGAAAUGGUGGGAUUGCAGGGAGGAGAUCACAGCGUUGGAAGAGGAACAAGAAGCUUCUGGUAUCGGAGAAGUUGUUACGCUUGCUGAUCGGGGUGAAGCAGCUGGUGGUGUAGGGAGAAGACGUUAA